AAAAAAAAGUACCUAUCUGGUGGUUGUUUCGUAAUAGUUCGAUUUUUAGAAAUUCCAGAACCAAAUUAAAAAAAUGUACCAUCAACUCAGCAAAUUUUCGGGUAGAUUGGUAUCUGCUACUCAUCUGCAGUCGCCACUCUUUCCAGUGGCACCUAUUGCUCUGCAACGAGUGGAACCGCCACAGAUCAAGUACACAUCUGCACAACUUUCUACUGUGACUGAAAGCAGUGCUUGCGCCGCCGGCCCCAGGAAACUUGUUCCAGGCACCAACAUCCCAUACCCACCUGUUUCAGAGUCCAUUCGCAAACAGCAAGAUAAGUUUCAGAAAGAGGAUGAUGUUCCUGUAUUCCUGAAGGGAGGUCCUCUUGAUGGCAUUUUAUACCGUAUGACAAUGGCUCUCUGCAUUGUUGGCCUGCUUGGUGUUGGUCAUACUAUCUACUCCCAUGCUGUUCCCAAGCAGUAAAUUAUUGUCAUUUAAAUAUAUAGAUAAAAUAUUAGUUAAUAUUAUAAGAUUCAAAUGCUGUAAUAGAAAAACCAAUUAAAGGUACCUACCAUUC